AUUAUUUGCAUCAGGAGAUCAAGUCACACAGCAGUUGAAUUGCUUUCUGUACAGGAAUGAAGAUAGACUUACAUAGUCACAUCUUGCCCAAGGAAUGGCCUAAUCUGAAGCAGAGAUAUGGAUAUGAAGGUUGGGUACAACUUCACCAUCACUGCAAGGGUGAAGCAAAAAUGAUGAAAGAUGAUAACGUCUUCAGAGUUGUACAAGAGAACUGUUGGGAUCCACAAGUACGAAUUCAAGAAAUGGAUCAGUCAGGUGUAACUGUUCAGGUUCUUUCUACUGUUCCUGUUAUGUUCAACUACUGGGCAAAACCCAAGGACACAUUGGACCUGUGCCAUAUUUUGAAUGAUGACCUUGCAGCCACAGUACAUAAACAUUCAAAGAGGUUCACUGGCCUUGGUACUGUGCCCAUGCAAGACCCAGAACUUGCUGUUCAGGAAAUGUAUCGUUGCGUAAAAGAGUUAGGAUUUCCUGGAAUCCAAAUUGGCUCUCAUAUUAAUGACUGGGAUCUGAACUGUCAGGAGCUUUAUCCAGUGUAUGCAGCUGCAGAAGAGUUAAGAUGUGCCAUAUUUGUACACCCUUGGGAUAUGAAGAUGGAUGGGAGGAUGUCGAAAUAUUGGCUUCCAUGGCUCGUAGGUAUGCCUGCUGAAACAACCACUGCAAUUUGUAGCAUGCUGUUUGGUGGUAUCUUUGAAAAAUUUCCCAAGCUGAAAGUCUGUUUUGCCCAUGGAGGUGGUGCCUUCCCUUAUACUAUUGGCAGGAUUGAACAUGGAUUUAAUGUCCGCCCUGAUUUGUGUGCCAUAGACAACAAGAUAAAUCCUCGAAAAUAUCUGGGCCGGUUUUACACAGAUUCAUUAGUGCAUGAUCCACUUGCACUAAAGCUGUUGGUCGAGUUGAUAGGAAAAGAUAAGGUGAUGUUGGGGACAGACUAUCCCUUCCCACUGGGUGAAUUGAAACCUGGAAAUCUUAUUGAAUCUAUGGAAGAAUUCGAUAAUGAACUCAAGGAUAAGCUUCUCGCCAAAAAUGCAUUGGAAUUUCUUGGCCUUGAAAGGAAACAGUUUGAAUGAUGCAUUUUUUAUUAUACUUUGUUUCUCAAUUAAGAAAUGUCUACAUUAUAUGACACACAGCCUGGUCUGGAACUGGCAUGGUGAAU